AUGGAGAUGCAACGGUUUCUAAGAGAGAGGUUGACACAGAUUAAUUUUGUCCACGAAAGCAACAUGGAUUGGCAUCAAAUGGCGUUCGUAGAAGAGUUGAAAAAUGAUGGCAAGGAACAAGUGGUCUGUACAGAGUGCAAUGAAUCGGCUGUAGUGGGUCCCACUCUCAAAUGCAAGACAUGCCAAUACCUCUGUCAUGUAUCAUGCUUUGACGAGUCAACCAUUAAAUUUCACUUCGGUCAUAGGCACGAUGAUCAGUUGAUCUUUACAGAAGAGCUGAAAAAUGAAGAUGGCAAGGAGGGAGUUGUUUGCAUGGCAUGUGGCGAGCAAGUAGAUGGUCCUGGAUACAAAUGCUCCACCUCCGAAUGCAACUUCCAGCUUCACAAAUCAUGCGCCAUGCUGCCCCGCCAAAAGUGUCACCCCUCGCACCCAAACCACAUCCUUAUUCUUAUGCCAUCAAGGCAAUAUUCCAGUACUUGUAAUGCUUGCGAUGCACGUAGGCGGAAAGAUUUAGAUCACAUGUUGCAGCCUGAGAAAUCAGUUGAUGUUAUGGAGAUGAUUAAGCCAGGGAAAUAUCCAUACAUCAAGUUUGGAAGAAGUUACAAAAGUGAAAAGCACGAGCACCCUCUCACUUUUGUUCGAAAGACUAAAGACUCCGCUCCAUGUGAUGCAUGUGGCAAAAUCUUCGAUGCUGUGGCCAUAGAAUGCACUCAAUGCAAGUUCAUCGUUCACUGCUGGAAUCCAGAGUGUUUGCAGAAAUAUAAGUAA